AUGUUGCACUCGAGCCUGCAGGCAUUGCGGAAAAACCACCAACAAAGUGCAAAACACAGCGACAGUCCGUAUCCCGGACUCCCAGGCUACGACCCCAGAUCUCCGGUCUCUUCCAUGAUCAUUAUUGCCCCGGGCAUCUCGCGUGUGGUAUCGGGUUACCAACACGACUACAUAUCCGAGUUCUUACGGGAAGUUGAUCUCUAG